AUGACGACUUUUAACGCAGAACAGUUUGAAAGGCUCUUACAAGCCGUUAGUAGUUACAAUUCUCGACCUGGCUCAUUUAGCAACUGCACUGCUCGUUUUAGUGGCGAGCGUAGUUCCACAAAAGUUGAGGAAUUUAUCGCCGCAAUUUCCACUUUUAAGGCGGUUGAAAAGAUAAGCGAUGUAGAUGCUAUUAGCGGAAUGCCAAUGAUAUUAGAGGGUGAUGCAGCAGAAUGGUGGCGUGGAGUAAAAUCAAAGGCCGAAGCUUUUGAUGAUAUUAUUCGCAUGCUGCGUGAAGCAUUUUCUCCUCCAAAGCCAUCGUGGCGUAUUUAUGUUGAGGUGUUUGAAACAAAACAGCAAAAGAAUGAGGCGACGGACAUUUUCAUCCGGAAAAAGCGCGCACUCCUGUCCCAAUUGCAUAAUGUGCCAGCUGAAGCUGACCAAAUUGAUAUUCUGUUUGGGCUGUUGCACGUACAAAUCCGCGAUAGGGUGAACCGUCAUAAAAUUUCGAAUUUUGAUGAAUUGUUGAGAGAAGCUCGUGAAGCAGAGUUCUUUUGGCAAGAACGCAAACAGCACGUUACGCACAAUGACGAUCAUGCUAGCACAAGUAGUUCGGCACGCUGUGGGUUUUGUCGUAAGAAGGGUCAUAGCAUGGAAGUUUGUUUUAAAAGGAAGAAUGAAGAGGCGAAAGAGGACACGCUGCAAACAUAG